AUUUUUGUAUUUUCAGUCUGAUGAAAUGCUAUAAAUAAGGGUAGGGCACGAACGUAAAGUCUAGUGUAACAACACUCGCACUCGGAUUCAGUUCUUGUUACAACCACAAACACUUCUAAAACAAAAUGGACACUGACGAUGACCAGAAAAUGGCCAUGCUCCGCAAGGCAUUCCAGAUGUUCGACACCACCAAGUCUGGAUACAUCGAUGUCCUCAAAAUCUCCACCAUCCUGAACACCAUGGGCCAGCUCUUCGACGACUCUGAACUGCAGGCUCUCAUUGAUGAAAACGACCCAGAAAACUCUGGCAAGAUCAACUUCGAUGGUUUCUGCAAUAUUGCCUCCCACUUCCUUGAGGAAGAGGACGCUGAAGCCAUGCAGCAAGAACUGAAAGAAGCUUUCAGGUUGUACGACCGUGAAGGUAACGGUUACAUCACCACCUCCACCCUGAAGGAGAUCCUGGCCGCGCUCGACGACAAGCUCAGCAACGCUGACCUGGACGGCAUCAUCGCUGAAAUCGACACUGACGGCUCCGGAACCGUCGACUUCGAUGAAUUCAUGGAGAUGAUGACUGGAGACUAAAUUAUUGUUAUUAUUAUAGUAUUAUUACCAUAAUGUAGUACAUUUAAAGUUAAGACUUGGUUACUAGUACAAAAUCAAAUGCGGUAUUAGCAUGGUUGUGGAAUGUAAUCUAAUGUACCAUUUCAUCUAUCUUAUAGAUAGGCACUUGUUAAUAUGAUUUAUUACUUGCAACGUGGGCCAGGGAUCUUUUUGAAUUCGUUCCAAAGAAUUAUUUCCGGAAUAAUUCACUCGUAACGUAUUCUGCAUUGUAAACAAUUAUAUGCUAAUAUCUAUAACGCAUUGCAAUUUAUUUUUGAAUAUUAUUCUAUGAAAACAACUACAAUAUAAACAAUAGUUUUUAA